UGUGUGUGUGUGUGUGUGUGUGUGUGUGUGUGUGUGUGGCACCAUGCUGUGGACGGUGCUGCUGGCGCUGCUGGUGCUUCUCCUGCUGCAGACUCAGCUCUCUGUUUGCUUACGGGAUCUGCGCAGCGGGGCGUCCGUUUCGCCUCUUCACUCUCCUCCUCCAUACUCUUCCUCCACCUCCUCAGCAUCAUCAUCAUCAUCCUCCUCUUACAACGCCACCCAGCAGCGGCUGCCCGGAGCUGUUAUCAUUGGCGUGCGGAAAGGCGGCACCAGAGCCCUGCUGGAGAUGCUCAACCUGCACCCAGACGUGGAGGUGGCGAAGGCCGAGGUCCACUACUUCAACGUGGAGGAACACUUCCGCCGGGGUCUGGCCUGGUACCGAGCCCAGAUGCCCUUCACCCUGCCGGGGCAGCUGACGGUGGAGAAGACCCCCGGCUACUUCGCAGCCCCCCAGGUUCCAGUUCGGGUGUGGGACAUGAACCCGGCCGUCCGGCUGUUGCUCAUCGUCAGGGACCCGGCGGAGAGGCUGGUCUCCGACUACACCCAGGUCCUCCACAACCGCCUGACGCAGCACAAGCCCUACCAGCCGCUGGACGAGCUGCUGCUCCACGAGGGCCACAUCAACCACGGCUACAAGGCGCUGCAGAGGAGCCUGUACCAUCUGCACCUGGCCCGCUGGCUGGAGGUCUUCCCCCGGGAGCAGAUCCACGUGGUGGACGGCGAUGCGCUCAUUCGGGACCCGUUCCCGGAGCUGAGGAAGGCGGAACGGUUCCUGGACCUGCCACCCAGGAUAAACCCCAGCAACUUUUACUUCAACACCACCAAAGGCUUCUACUGCCUCCUGUCCGCCGGACACGACAAGUGCCUGGACGAGUCUAAAGGCCGACCGCACGCUCCGCUGAGCGCGCAGGCCUUGAAGAAGCUCUGCCGGUACUUCAGGAAGCCCAACAAACGUUUCUUUGAGAUGGUGGGAAGGUCGUUCUCCUGGUGCUGAUGAAACUGUCAGGGACAGAAAACUGUUUCUGAUGGCAGAUGAUGUUUUUCUAAAUACCUUCUCAGGUAUAAAUGCGCUGCAUUCAUGUGGAAGUGACUGAAAAUCUGGUGGAUAAAACCCGAACCAAGCCGGUGCCUCUUCAGAAACAACAAAGCUACAACAACUGUGCCAUUAAAAAGCUGGGAUCAACCUGUUGGCUCGGUUCUGGAGCUGAGCAGACGGCUGCCAUGUCUGAUUGUUGCACUAAUGACCAAAUUGCAUUAAAAGUCAAUCAGUGUAAAUAUUCUCGGUUCAGAAGAUCUCGCUCUCAUUUCUGGACGGCUGUACAGAAAUGUUUGCUUUGUGAAACGUUUCGUUUCUCAUCAGCUGCUUUUGUUUUCGUUCUGUUAGAAAAUCUUAGUAAAGACAGGAAGUGUCUUGUAAACGUUUUCUUACCUUUUCAACUUUAUCACAUUUCGUCAUGUUACGACCAAAAACCUGAAUCCAUUUUAUGUGCUACAGAAGUAAAAACAUCAUUUUGAAGUGGAAUAAAAUUAUUUCUAAAGAAUAUUACUGCAAAUUUUACAAAACGCAGCAUGAAUUCCUAUUAACUGUCUUUUAUAUCAGUACACAUAAAUAAAAUCCAGUGCGAACCUGACAACAUGGCAGCUGUUAGGCCUGAACUCUAAAAAUCACAACAAAGAAAACUCGAUGUUUGGUACAAAACCUACAGGAAACAUACAGAAAAAUGUUCUUUAAUCAGAUGAGACCAAAACUAAACCUGCAGGCUUCCAUGCAAAACAGCAGAAAACUAAAAGUUCCCGUCCGACACCAACAGCAGCUGCUGCACAGUUUGAAAUGAAUCCUUUAAUGGAAACAACAUCAUAAAAAACUCAGGAUUUUCAAUGAAACAUUUUUGUGCUAGAAUGAGCAAAUCUGCAAUGGAAACACUUUUCUCACAUCACACAAGCCACGCAGCCAAAAAGACGAAGACGACGACAGGAAGCAGCAGGACGAUGAUAUUAACGCGGCUUGUUUCUUAUUUCUGACAGCCACAGAAAAAAUCUCAGCAUCUCAUCGUUCAGAAAGCGUUGUGUCAUGCAAAGUGCUGAAUAUCGCAUCUAUACAUAGCCACGUAUUUAAAAUUAAUUUCAAUAAAAAUGUGAAAACUAUGAAUUCUUUUCCUCCACUGCAGAAGUGUGCUCCUUGGUGUUGGUCUUUCUCUGACAUCCCAAUGAAACACAUUGAAGUUUAUAGUCACAACAUGACAAAAUGUGAUGAAGGGUACCGAUACUUUAGCACUGCAUUGUGUGUAUAUAUUGUAUUUCUAGCCCUUUUUUAAUGACACAUUUUCAUUUACGUUACAAGUGAAGCCCAACAUGGUGUUAUUGUUAAUAUCUGUAGUUUUUUUCCUAACGUCCUAAUAAAUGCAUUCAGACUUUA